AGAAAAACGCAGUGGAUCCAGAAAGCUCGCCACUUAGCUGUUUUAUGAAGCUUGUUUUCGUUUGUCAGGAAAGUUACACUGUUUAUUUCAUGGUACUAGAUAUUUUCUUUAGUGAGCUCAUCAUCCAACCCUAUUAAAGAUCAAAUAUGUGCAUGGGUUAAUGGAGAAUAGGAAGUGACAGGUGAACUGCCAACAGACAGAAGGCUGUCAAAGUAUGCAAAGAAAAGCCAGUCACAAGGGCAAAGCAAUGUUGUUCAAGAAUAAUAUAGACGAUGCUCUGUCCAUUAUCGGCUAUGGACGCUGGCAAAUUCCUUUUUUUGCGCUCACUUUUCUAAUUCACUUCCUCGUGCCCAUACAAAUAAUGGGGUCAGCUCUACUCAGUGUACCCGUGCCAUUCCGGUGCUUCCCUUCACUCGCUGUGCCACUGGAAACCACUAGUCAUUUCAACUCCACCAGCCUCACAAGCCUCACCAGCCAGCCCCCUGCGGUGACUUACGAGAGCAAGUGUGGGGCCGCGGGGCAGAAUGUGUCCCUACCACCGUCAUCUCUCCGAAAGACAGACUUGUCAUCCUGCUCUUACGUGCAAUAUGAUCACUCUGUCUUCCCGAGCACUGUUGUAUCCGAGUUCAAUCUAGUGUGCGAGAGGUCAACCCUCCGGCCGCUAUUCCAGAUUGUGAUAUCGUUGGGUGCGUUAUUUGGAGCCCCGCUGGGAGGUGUUGUUAGUGACAAAUACGGUCGCAAAAUAACCGUUAUUGGAGGCGCUGUGGUGAACUUGAUUGCUGUGGCGGUGAUCACAUUUUGUCCCUGGUACACAGUUAUCCUAUGUUCUCGCUUCCUAGUUGGGAUGACGGUCGGCUUCAUCGUCCUGCCCUCUUACAGCCUUGCGCAAGAGACGACGCCUCCGCGCCUCAGAUCCCAUUUUGGCAUGCUGGCAGGACUCGGAUUUUCAGUGGGCAUUGUUGUGUUAGCAGGAGAGGCAUUCCUGGUGAGGCAUUGGCGCCAACUCCAGCUGACUGCAUCCUCCUCACUCCUUAUAAUCAUUCCCUUAGCGUGUCUUGUGGAAGAAUCCCCUCGGUGGCUGUCACAGAUGGGGCGUCAACAGGAAACAGCUGACGCCCUGAAGCGAGCUGCGUGCCGUAAUGGUGUUGCGGUCACUCCAGAGCUUGUACGGAUUCUUGAAAAACUGAAAACAGAAAAUAGAACUAGUCAUGAUGUACUUGCUAAGGAUCACGGGAAUGAGAAGCCACUGUUAUGGCUCAUGAUGUUCAGUAAGUGCCGCAGUUACUUCCGCUACCCUGGCAUGCGCAGAAUAUUGUGCGUCACGCCGUUCGUCUGGUACCUGCAGGCCCUCCUCUACCUCGGCAUCUUGCUCAACGCCAACAACUUUACCAGCAAUGAUCCAUUUAUGUACGUGGCCUUGUCAGGAGUGAUGGACUUCACAGCCAUCAUCCUCACAACGCCCAUCGCCGUGCGUGUAGGCAGACGGUGUCUUUCCAUGACCUUGUAUCUAGUCUCAGGCACUCUUCUGCUCUUGGACAUGGCUGUUCCUGCAGACAUGGAAUGGCUCAAGUGGGUGUCCGUGAUGACCGCCUUCCUGCUGUGCGCCGCCUCUUACCAGGUGCAAUUUAUAUUCACGCCGGAACUCUACCCAACAGUGAUACGAUCUCGAGGCUUCGGCUUUGUAAAUGGCACGGGCAGUCUGGGCUUGGUGACGGCGCCUCUCAUUACUGACCUCCUGGUGCAGAAGGUGUGGUGGUCUGUGAACGUCGUGUGUGGCUUGGCAGGGCUCCUUGCAAGCUUGCUGGUCUCUUUCCUUCCUGAAACUCGGAACUUGCCACUGCCAGAGACGGUGCAGGACGUGGAGAAACGACUGUGCGGCAACAAAAAAUUGAAAGACUCAGAAGCGACAGAGGAAAGAGCAAUCCAUGAGACCAUAGAGCUAAACAGCACUGAAGUACUGGAGGGCUGAAUUCAAUUAUGUCAAGACCUAUAUCAAAGAGUCAAAUAUAUUUCCGUAACUUGACCUGUAUUCUCAAAAUUAAACUAUUUUAUAUUGUUUCUUAGUUGUAGCAGAGGAAAAAUGUAUAUCCAAGAGUUUUGUGAUAUUUUUGCUGUAAAUUAUGUUUGAAAUAGCGAAAUAAAGAAAUUGAAAUUGAAA